CCGGUUUCUUCAUAAUUCUCAGAGUGACUUGGGAGAUAGCUCUUCUUCAUAUUCUCAGAGUGACUUGGGAAAUAGCUCGUCCAGUUUAAGCGACCUGCUGCAGCAUGGUUUUGAGGUUCAGCUGAAGGUGGAUAGUGAAGCAUGUGUUGAGUGCACUCAAUCGAACGGAGUUUGUGGUUACAAUACCACUGCCAAUCGGACCACUUGCUCUUGUCCUGACCAGUCCUUUGCUUCCAAAACUUGUGGUUCAUCAACAUCUGCUGAGACCCCAGAGGCAACAACUGCUACGUCUACACAAGGAAAACGAAACGUUGGACUGAAAAUCGGAAUAGGAAUAGCUGCAUCCGGAGCUGGAAUUGGGAUCGCCCUUAUUUUAAUGCUUUCCUGCAUGAAGAAACCAAUGAUAAGAAAAAUUGCAGACUUCAUAAAGCAGUGGAGUGAACAUUUUGAUGAUGAAGUGAAAAUUGAGGGACUCGUCUCUUCGAGAAGAUACACCUACAAAGACAUCAAGAAGAUGACCAACUCUUUUGAAGAAAAGUUAGGUGAGGGAGGCUAUGGCUGCGUGUACAAAGGCAAGCUUUCAGAUGGUCAACUUGUGGCGGUGAAGCUUCUAAAGAAGCUGAAAGGCGAUGCGGAAGAGUUUUUCAAUGAAGUUGCAAGCAUAAGCAGGACUUCUCAUGUCAAUGUGGUCAGCCUCCUAGGGUUUUGUUUUAAAGGAAGCAAAAGAGCUUUGGUUUAUGAGUUCAUGCCCAAUGGAUCACUCGAAAAAUUCAUAUUCAACAGAAAUAAUGGUUUGGAGGUAGAUCAACAAUUGAGUUGGGAUACAUUGUACCGGAUUUCGCUUGGCAUUGCUCACGGGCUAGAGUACUUGCAUAAAGGUUGUAACACGAGGAUCUUGCACUUUGACAUAAAGCCUCACAACAUUCUCCUCGACGGAAACUAUUGCCCUAAGAUUUCCGACUUUGGUCUUGCCAAAAUUUGCCCAAGAGAAGAGAGCAUCGUUUCAAUGCUAGGUGCCCGGGGCAAUGGAUACAUUGCUCCGGAGUUGAUAUUAAGGAACAUUGGAGGGGUUUCUCACAAAUCAGAUGUCUAUAGCUAUGGCAUGAUGGUUUUGGAGACGGUAGGCAAGAGGAGAAAUAUUGAAGUCAUGGUAGAUCGUUCCAGUGAAAUAUACUUCCCUCAUUGGAUCCACCAACGCCUAGAGCUCCAAGAAGAUCUUGGACUGUGUGGGGUCAUGAAUGAGGAGGACAAAGGAAUCGCGAAGAAGAUGAUUGUAAUAGGUUUAUGGUGCAUUCAGAUUGAUCCAAGAGCUCGACCAUCUAUGAGCCAAGUUGUGAAAAUGCUAGAAGGAAGUGUUGAGGUGUUGCAAAUUCCUCCUAGACCAAUCUGGUCAUCUCCCCCAAGAUCGCUCGCAGCUUGUCUAGCUGAAAGUUCGUCCCUGUAGAAUUGUGAUGACUCGAGUUGGGUUUAAUUCGAUAUCAAGUAGACGAGACGGACAAUUUUUUUAUACAGUAUUAAAAGAAGCAAUUGUAAACGGAUUAAUAAUUAUUGUGAUCAAAUGUGUAGGUUGAAUUUCUAUGGUA